AUGUGUUUUAAGGAAAAAAAAAACAACGCGCCAACCUUGACCUCUCGCAUUCAUCUUCCGGAAUUUCGUGGUCCCGGGAAACGAUCUUACACUCGUUCAUUUCGCUCUACCACCGCAAACCGAGGAUAUUUUGUCACGCUUUCGUCCUCAGAUAUCGGUCCUGAGUUAAAGGUCGCCGUUGAUAAAUUCAUCGCCGAAAACAAAAUCGUAGUUUUCAUGAAGGGCUCUAAAGAUGCACCGCGGUGUGGAUUCAGCAGCACAGUCGUGCAAAUAUUUACUUCUAUGAACGUCCCAUUCGAGACCGUAGACAUCCUUGAUGACGAUGGUUUGCGGGCCGGAAUGAAGAUCUAUUCAAACUGGCCGACAUUCCCUCAGGUCUACAUUGAUGGCAAUUUCUAUGGUGGUUGUGACAUCUGCAUAGGUGCCUACAAGGACGGCUCGCUCAAGGAAGCGGUCGAUGUGGCGCUGAUGUCCUAGAGGAGUUGCUGAAGCUGAUGAUCAGUAAAAUUAAGAAUAAUUCGACGUAGAAACAGAAAAAAUGUUGACACUACACGUGUAGGGCUAUUGA